ACCAUUUCUCUUGCAUGCAAUGAAGCUUCUUGUAGCUGUGGCUCUGUUGGUUGUUGGACUCUCCCCUAGCCCAGGCUUCAGUCAGUUUGGUGAGGGCUCUGGACAGACCACUGAGGCACUAACUGAUGAUCUAACUGAGGCACCAACUGAGGCACCAACUGGUGCACCAACUGAGGCACCAACUGAGACCCCAACGCAGGCACCAACUGAUGCACCAACUGAGGCACCAACUGAGGCACCAACUGAUGGAUCUGUAUCAAUUGAAAUAGUAUAUUUCAUUUACUACUACGGUGGUGUCGACAUCAGAAUCUUCUUUAAUAACUUGAUGGAGAAUCCAUUUUACAGUGACAGCUACCACUACACAAUACACAACAAAUACCGUGUGUAUGAUGUGCCAUGCAUUUUGAACAGACUUGUUUUCAGAAAUACGCACACGAAUGAAAUAUUCCAGGCAGAAUACCUGGGUACUUGCAAUACCUUCCGUUCUACCGAUCUCAUUCUGAUUACCAUGAAUCCUAGAGAUUUUCUCAGGCUGGUUGAGAACGAGUUUAUUGAUACCAACUCUACUAUGCCCUUGGGCUUGGAAAUGUACACUGCAGAUAUGCUUGGAGCUCCUUUCAACUUUCAAAUAGAACCAGAUGACCCUUUUGAGUUUAACGUGACAUUGAACUUGUACUACUCUAAUGUAGGCAUUAGUGCCUUUGAUUAUUGGACUGAUGAGGGGAUUCUUCUGAUUCAUUUCAAUACUUUCAUUAAGGUUGCUACUGUGAAUGCCAGCAAGCUAUCACUCUCUCGCUCUUCUUACCAACGGGAUGUAAACAACACUGUUAACAUUACGGGUGGUGUAAUACUGAACCAAUCGCCUGGCUUAACAUUAUCUGUGGCUAUCAAACUGACUUCUAGUGAUCUAGCUCGUAGCAGACGAAUAUGCACUGGUAAUGGACGUUUCAUUAACGACUGUUAUCUUGACACAGAAUUGGGAUUUUCUAUUGCGUAUUUUGGAGCAGAAGUUUCUAGUUUCUAUUAUGCUUAUUCCGUCAAAAAAAUCCGGAGAGCCCCCACAGAUUCUGAGCCAGUGACUAUGUCUAUUCAGCUCGAGUAUGUCGGUGGGUUGACUUUGAACAUGACUCUUGCUCUAGGUCAGCCAUUCACAGUUCGAUCACAUUUAGGCGAGAGGAUUAUCAGCGUGACAUGUGCAAGUAGGAACACAAGCCAACAUUUGAACCCCAUGCUGAACAUUUACAAUCAUUAUGGUGCAGUACCUAUUUCUGAUAGCUACAUCAAGAAUGAUUGGUCCAACUCCACUACCUUGAAUGCACCCAGAGGGCUAGCUGAGUCUGGUUUGCAAGGUUAUUACACGUGCCGGACAGAGGGAAACACUUUCCUCAGCCCUCACAUGCUGCAUCCCAAUCCUUACCAAAUAUUUUUCUACCAAGGAGCCUCUGCUACAGCUGAUAUACAUGAAGACAUCGUAUUGCGCUUUGCACAUGCUGGCUUUAACAGUGGUUUUGAGGACAUUCGUGGUGAUAAAUUCUAUGUGUUUGAUGAACCUUAUUACGGACAACAGCCACCUUUUGAGUACGUUUUCAAAACAAACACUCCGUUUCCGUACCAUGCUGAGCUGCACAUUAAUAGGACACGGUUUGACUACGAGGGAGAAUAUUUUAUCGCAUACAAUUAUUAUGAUCUAUUACGGCCAAACUUCGUUAUCAAUGUCAACAAACCUGAACUCACCCUCUACCCACCGGUCCUGACUGUGCUCAGCUCUGACCCUCCCGAUACAACCGCCUCUCUCACUUGUACCUCUGACAAUACAAAUUUUCCUGUGCUAUUCUCAAAAGAUUAUACCUCACCGGGCAUUACGUCUACCUACCUGGAUGACACCAACAGCUCUGUGAGAUUGGAUUUUGAACUGAACGAAAGCCUUAUUGGCAUGCUAGAGGGGAUGGAGUUCAUCUGUGAAGCCAGGGACCCUGAUGAUCUUAACUCUACUGUGUCAAUAGCUAGUUCCACUUUCAGGAAAGUGUCAGCUCCUCUGUCUCUCUUUGCGAUUGAACCAGACAGUAGUAGUAAAAAAGUUAUGGAUGGUGUGAUUAUCAAUACAGCCAGAUUGUUUGAAUGUUUGUGGUAUAUCAAUCCUACACGAACGGAUAUUGAGCCCAUCUCUGAGACGUUGUUCUGGAGAAUCAACCACCUGGAGACAAAAGAAGAAAUAGAUUUCACUUCAGAUGUUGGUGGCGAGGAUUUUAUAGUCACUAUCCUCGAUAAUGGUAUCACUCUCAAUAUUCUCGGCAAUUUCCUGGGAAGUGUUUCGUGUAUCUAUGGCAAAGAUAGUAUAAGUAUCAACGUUGUCACUAACGCUCUGGUGCCAGGGGUCGACUUUUUCCCCCUUAUCUUCCCUGAGGAUGCUGUGGAAUUGUUUGAUAGCGAUGAUGGAUGUUCACAGCGGAUUUACUCUAGUACUGGCAUUCCCUUUGGAGCCUCAGCACACCAAUACAUUCAUGUUUGCACGAAUGGCAUGCUGACUGUUGGCACUCCACCUCUCUUUCUCGGCACAGCACAAGAACGAUUCCCUACAUCCGAUAUCAGGAUCAGCCAAUCAAAUUUGCUCGCUCCAUUCUGGAAUGACCACGAUGGCCGAAACCUCGCCUCUAACGUAAAGUACAGAGUGUACAAUGGUGCUGCCGGCGAUCCAGAUUUUAUGUAUAUUGUGAGAUCUUUUAUCUCAAAUCAUGUCGAUGCUAAACUAUUUGGCAAGUUUGAACCCACCUGGAUGCUAGUAGCCUCCUGGACGGACGUUCCUCCGUAUCCUCACACUGCAACAGACAGAGGAAGAAAUUCGUUUGAAGCCAUUAUCAUAACUGAUGGUGUAGUAACCUUUGCUGUCUACACGUACAACUGUGAUGAUCUGCAAUGGGGUCAGUCGCAGAAUGGUGACUUUUCUACUAUUGGCUACAACAUCAAUCCAGCCUCGUUUUUCGGCAGUGAUAGCGACGAAUUGCCUUCUUCCCACGAUCAUCAUUUUUCUAACUUACCCAUGAGCGAAAUGAUUGCAUGUUCCAGUCUUGCUAGAGGAUCACGUUAUCAUAACGAGGUGUAUUUUGUCGGCCGAUCUAAAGAUACCACACAAUUAGCACGUGCAGAAUGUACAAGCUCUAUCAACAACGAUACUUUGUAUGGUGACAUCAUUGAUGGAACCACACUAAAGGAUGGAUGCCCUUGCAACUCGGCUCAAGCAUCAAGAGACUUUGCCUUUCGUUUCAUUGAUAUGUUUGAGUUGACAUUGGACCCUGUGUAUGCUGGCCAAUUCUGUGUGACUCCAUCAUUCUCACGGACAAACACCAUUUUCUGUUGCUAUGGACAAGGAAGUGGAUCACUCAACAAUGUUGGUGGUAUCAGUGGAGUGGUGGCGUACAGUCCUAGCUUUUUCCCCAGAGAGUUCCUUGAUAAUGAUUACAACUUGCGUCGCAAAUGCAGCAUAGGAGGUGAAGCUGACACACUGUACAGGACUAGACGACCUCCAGUUACCUGUGCCAUUUAUUCCCCACCAAGAAGAACCUUCUGUACGGGUGAUCCUCAUCUCACCAACCUUGAUGGAGCUAAGUUCACAUUUAACGGUUGGGGAGAGUACAUUCUACUGGAGUUGGAGACUGAUGACACCACCUUCUGGGUGCAAGCUCGUAUGCAACCAAUCACAGAUUCUCUGGCUACUGAAUUAGGUGGUUUUGCUUUCGCUAUGAGCAGGGACACUCCUGUUGAAAUACGCCUGAAUGCGUCUAGACAACUUGAGAUCCUAAUCAGUGGAGAAGAUGUAACGGACCAGCUGGUCAACGUCAGCUCUUCUAUAUCUACUGACCUCUACUCCGUGUCUCGAAGCAGUUCCAAUUCCAUUCUGGCUACGUUUCCGAAUGGAAUGGGUUUAAUGGUGAAUCUCUCGAGCAUGCUCACCUUCACAGUCAUCAUCCCUGAUAAAUAUAGAGGACUAACUAAAGGAAUGGUUGGGAACUACAACGGUAAUGUCACUGAUGAUGUCAUAUUCCGAAACGGAACUAUGGUGCCUAUUAGCGAAUUUUCCUUUCGGAUACUACAUCAAGUAGGACUGUCAUGGCAAGUGGAUGCUUCAGAGUCUCUCUUCACUUAUCCUGAGGGCUUGACUGCUGCAGACUUUGCUGUCCUUGACCACGAUCCACCCUACCUGGAUGAAGUGGUAGCCACUGCAUCAGCAGAAGUGCUUCAAAUGUGUGGAGACAAUGUCGAGUGCAUUUUUGACUCCAUAGAAACAGGGGACAUCAAUAUCGGCCUUGAAACCGUGACAAUGAUUUCCAUAAUUGAUGAAGAUGAAAAGCUAGCAUCCAACUUCCCUCCUCUCAUCUACGGCCCUGUGAGCCUCUAUGUUACGCUGGGGGAAGAGGCUGUACUGGUGUUCAAUGUGACUGAUGACAAGGGCAGUAUCAACGUUACACUGGUGGACGGACUGCCAGCUGGGGCCACUCUACUGCCUACCCCUAUGGGUGACUAUACAAUGGAGUUCACCUUCAGAUUGGAACUUGAUGCAAUUGCCGAUAUUUCUCUCGUGUUUUUGGCUACUGAUGAGCUGGACGCUGGGUCAACUCUGGAAGUGCAGAUUGUGAUCUGUGCAUGUGAAAAUAAUGGCAACUGCACACUGGAGGGAGUGGUGGAUCAGAGUGCAAGUACUGUCGUCUCCAACUGUGUAUGCCCUCAAGGUUGGGAGGGUGACUUCUGUGAGGAUGAUGUUGAUGGCUGUGCCAACUUUGACUGUUUCAUGAGUGUGGAUUGUGUGGACGUCCCUGCUCCAGGAGUGGGGGCAAUGUGUGGUUCAUGCCCUCCAGGGUAUCUUGGAGACGGGUCAAAAUGCGCUGAUAUCAACGAGUGUGAUGGUAUCCAUGGUUGUGCUCAACUGUGCGUCAACCAACCGGGAAGCUUUGAGUGUGCCUGUUACCCUGGUUACGAGCUCGUCAGUCAAACACAAUGUAUAGACAUUGAUGAAUGCUCUUCACUCAAUGGUGGUUGUCAUCAGGUCUGCAGCAAUACAAUUGGAGGGUUUGAUUGCAGCUGCUACGAAGGUUACACCAUCAACACCAACAACAGAACUUGUCAAGUUGACCCGGUAGCGAUGUGUGAUGCUAGUAACAGCUGUGCCCAAUCAUGUGUGAGAUUAUCCGGAGUGGAAACAUGCGGCUGUUUCCCUGGUUACGAAUUGGCGUCCAAUGGGAUGAAUUGCACAAAUAUCAACGAGUGUCAGGAGAAUCCGUGUGAGCAGAUCUGCACUGACUUGGAGGGAAGUUACGAAUGCUCGUGUCGUGAGGGAUACCAGCUGUUGCCUGGAGGGAGGUGUACCGAUAUCAACGAGUGUUUGGUGGCAGCUUUGGACAUAUUUGCGACUGACCUUUGUAAACCCUCCAUGUUCUGUGUGAAUGUUGAGGGUAACUACAGUUGCGAGUGUCUGGCUGGUACACUACUAGUGGAGGGAGUGUGUGAAGCUGAGGAUGUGCUAACCACCACUGCUGCACCACCAGUGACGACUGUGACGACUGUACCUGAUGAUACUGACACUAUUCCGACUGACGCUAUUCCUAAUGCCGUUGUCGUAGAGAUCAACGGAUUCACUCCUUCCACGUUCACUCCUGAGAAUCAGAGGCGCUUCAAAGAAGCCACAGCAGAUGCUGUCAAUGCUUACUGUGAGGACAAGGAGUGUCUGGUAGCAUACCCUCAGGCAAGAGCAAGGAGGAACACUCUCACGGCUGACAAUCUCUACAUUGCUGACAUCACUAGCACUGGAGAGUCUAGAGUCAGCUUCAGCUUGUACGCUCGUUUAGAUGGUGGCACCAUCAGCGGUAGUGCCUUGGCAACGGCUGUACUGGAUCACCGUGACGAGUACGCAGCCCUAGGCUUUAAUGUGGCUAGUGUACAGCUGCCUACAGAAUCAACCACCAUUCUAACAACCAACCAGAUCAUUGGUAUAGCGGUGGGAGGUGGUCUUGGAAUCCUAAUACUGGUCCUUCUUCUCAUUACUAUCACAUGGGUUUGUGUAAAGUUUCGAUCAAAGCAACCCAUUAUUGGAGGAGAUCUCACGUAUGCUAGCCCUAGUUUUGACAUGAAGCCAGUACCCCACGAGGGCCUCGAAGAACAAGCCGUGGGACUAGAGUCUGAGGAGAAGGAAGGGGAUCUCAACUAUGAGAGAUAUAAGAUAAUUUAAUAAACCGUUGACAAAAUAAUUAUUUAGUGACUAUUAGAUUCGCUGCUGAAUUGUUUUGUUUUGAGGGUCCUGUAAAUAUAGUAGAUUUUAGCUGCUGAACAUUAUUUUACUUUAAUAUAAUGUGGUGUGAAUAUAUACGUACCUAUAAUAUCAUUUAUGUUUGCU